GCGUUCGUGGGCGGCAGCAAGUAAUUAAUUCAGGUGAUCAGUUUAACUCGCUACCUUCGGCGAACGCGAAUCGUUGACAAGCUAAGAAGAAGAAUUGUUUUGACUUCUUCCAACUGGCCAAAGUGAGUGCAGGUGCACACUCAGGGACGUAACCCGGAAGCUUUUGUGCAGUUUACUUGGCUUCCUGUGUUUUCUAGAAGUCUAUUGAUUAUCAUCGUGGUUAUUAACACCUUGGUGCUUUAUUUGUGGAUGAAAUAUCGUCCACUAACUUGACAUCGACACAGAUAAAUUCUUGAAAGUGGCUAACAUGAGAGAAAUCAGUGACGAUUGGUCGAUCAGGGACUGAUUGGCCCGUCUCAAAAGAGAUGAUUUUUAGAAGGUAGUGGGUAUGACGGGCCGAACUAAUGCAGUGGCGAAAACACGUGCGCAUCAAGUACGGUGGUCGAGUUGGUGUCGGUCAAGGACAACGAGAGGAAGGCCAGCUGCAGGUGCGCGUGGUGCAGUCGCAGGGAGAAAGGGGUGCUCGGCUGAGCUACGUCUGUCAUCAGCCUCAACGUCGCAAUUCCAGCCCGACAAUAAUGCUUUGUUGUGGCCGCAGAAAAGAGGGUCGAGGGGAAGUUACGGACAUAAGUGCAAGUCCUGGUCGACAGGCGCCUGCCAACCAGUUGCGUCCAAAAGAGCCACCUCCUAUGGUCAUUCAGGGAGACUUCAGGAAGAGAAUUUCACAGGUGAGCGGAAUCAGCACGGAAAUCUUCAAACAAAUCGAGACAGUUGAGAACGACCAUGAUGCUUCGACUGCGGCAGCUCUUGAGGCGGUGGAACGACGCGGGGAAAUGGUGGUGCGAGUCAUCGAACCUCGACAGAUGGGACGACAAGCUGCAGAGACAGCUAAAAAAUUUGUUGCUUCCCAAGAUCCUAAGUACCCCAUUUAUUUUGUGGAGAUAAUAAAGCGACCAGGCCAAACAUUGGGUUUAUAUAUUCGUGAAGGUAAUGGCGUUGAUCGUAAUGAUGGUGUCUUCAUAUCCAGAAUAGCUGUGGAAUCAGCAGUUUACAAUAGUGGAUGUUUAAAGGUGGGCGAUGAGAUUCUAGCAGUUAAUCUUGUGGAUGUGACGCACAUGAGUUUGGAUGACGUAGUGAUAAUUAUGUCCAUUCCAAGGCGGUUAGUUUUAGCUACACGGCAUGGUCCGCAUCAACCAGCAUCUCAAAUUCGCCAAAACGAGCACAAAGCACCGCCAGUGGUGGUGAUCAAACGAGAGUUGAAUGAAGACGAAAGUGACCAUACAACAAGUAAUCAUAUAAGAGAUAACAAUAGACGAAGAGUUGAUGGCAGGGAAAUGCUUUCAUCUCGAUCACGGCUUGGUUUAACUGGCUUAGAGUCAUCUACACAGGAUCUUGGUGCUAGUAAUGGUGAUCUCUAUUACAAUUCCAGACCUGAAAGCCACUGGUCUUAUCAACCACCGCCACCUCCAGUUAUUACACAUCAACCCAAACCCGCAGCUACUCAACAUUUCCAACCGUACGAGAGAGCAUAUCCAAAGACUUUGGAAAGCCUUGCAGAAAAAGUGCAUUCAUUUUAUACAAGUCCAAUGAUGCCUAAUAAUGGCAAUCGCCGAAUGUCAUCCGGUGGAAUGCAAUCUUCAGUAGGAACUCGAUUAUCAGGUCAACCUCAAGGAUAUGGGUAUUCUCAACAUACACCAAGUGGAAGGAUAAUGCCAAGGAGUGGCUCAGAUCAACAUCUACCACGAGUAGACUACACCAGCAUCACAACGCCUGCGCGACAUACACUUUUGAGGUCAAGUCUAAAAUCAGGAUCAGCAGCGUUACGAUACAAUACGAGAUAUGCAACACAAACUGAUAGUACAUCGGCAUCUAACAGAAAUCCUAGUCAAUUUGGAACGCUUACGAGGAGACAUCGGCCUUCUUUGGAUUAUGCAUCAGACACAGAAGCGACUUGUUCUUCAUCACCUAGAUCAGCUUAUUAUUAUUAUAGACAUAAUAUGAGGGAGCAAACACCAAGCAGUGCUGUUUCUCAUCUAGCUACACUUUCGAGAACUCAAAUAGGACAAAGCACAGGUGGUUUAAGGUCUAAUUCACUUCCAAGAAGUAAUAGAACGUUGCCACAACAACCACCUUUAAGACCCGGACUUAGUACAGUCGCUUCGGGACUCAUUGAUCAAGAGGACAGUGAUGGAGCACUUUCAGCACCUGAACUACCCGCGAUUAGGAGAGACAGAGGGAGAAUACCCUCGUCACCGAGUGUAUUUACUUCUGAUGAAUAUCGAGCGUGGUUGAGCCGAACACCAAGCACAAGCGCGUUAUAUGAACAGAUAAGAGCCACGACCACUAGACCACCACGAUAUACUUACAGUGCUGAAAAUAUUCAUGCGGCUGUUAAUCAGAAAGGGGAUUAUGGAAGUUAUGGGUCAUAUAGGCCACUUCCUAGUACGCUUGAUAGACUGUCUACAAGAUCAGCAUCUGCGCAACAAGUCAACUUGGCAAAUUUGAGAGCUUCCACGGCAAUUAGUUCAACAUCUCAUCGACCAGGACCAGGUCAAAGACCAGCUUCAGUAGCUUCCAGUGCAAGAUCAGUUUUAAGCGGUCAAAAGCCUUCUUUAAAUACGACUGCUAGUCAACGAGCUAGCUCUGUAAGACGAAUAAGAAAUUUUUUGGAGCUUGAACAAACGAGAAAUAUUCCUACGCCUACACCAACAAGAACUCAGGAUCAAAGACUGUUAGAUAUUAAUCCUGCGGAGUUUCUAAAAUAUAAAAUAGAAAAGCCUCCAACAGUUGGUACGCCCAGUUCAACAAGUUCUCUAUUGAGUUCUCUUGGGGAGACUGCCGGUAGUGAUUUUGCAAGCGGUGUCAGUGGGCUUUUAUGGGUUCAUCUUUUAGCAGGCCGUGGUCUUCGAUCGACAACUUCUUCCUCAGCAGCAACAACACCUUCAACUCCAUCGGGGCAACCUAAUUUGAAUACAUGUGGCUUAAGAGAUCUCUACUGCGUACUUGAGUGUGAUAGGGUACAUAAAGCACGUACUGUCGUACGCACGGGUGAUCUUAUGUUCGAUUGGGAUGAGACUUUUGAACUUGAUUUAGUUGGAAACAGACAACUUGAUCUAUUAGUGUACUCUUGGGAUCCACAACACAGGCAUAAAUUGUGUUAUAAAGGAUCAGUGCACCUUGCAACAUUACUCAAAGAAUCUCCAAUUCAUCAAUUAGCUUUGAAAGUCGAACCAAGAGGAACUAUUUACUUGAGACUCCGGUAUACGGAUGCUUAUCAAACGUUCAAAAGACGGGGACUUCCUGUCAUAUCUUUAGCCACUAGACUCGCACCGCUUUUCGGUGUUGAUUUAGAAACUGUGGUAAGUCGAGAGAGCAAGACUGGCGGAGUACCUGGCGGAGUUUCGACAGCUUUAGCAAUGAGUACUACUGCUAAUAUUCCAAUAAUUGUAUGGCGUUGUGUUGAAGAAGUUGAACGACGGGGUCUUGAUAUUAUUGGAUUAUAUAGACUCUGCGGGUCCGCAACAAAGAAGAGGAUACUCAGAGAAGCCUUUGAGCGUAACGCUAGAUCAGUUGAUUUGACUCCUGAUAAUGUACCGGAUAUUAAUGUUAUUACCGGAGUGCUCAAAGAUUAUCUGAGGGAGUUACCAGAACCACUUUUCACCAAGUGCCUCUACCAGAUGAUGGUUGAUGCAUUGGCAGUAUGUCUACCGGAUGAUCCACAAGGCAAUGCAAAAUUAAUGUUUAGUAUUCUUGACUGUUUGCCUGCCGUAAAUAAGUGUACAUUAAUUUAUUUAUUGGAUCAUUUGGCAUUAGUAUUACAACAAUGUAACAAAAUGUCACCAGCAAGUUUGGCAAUAUGUUUUGGACCUGUACUGAUGCUUCAUUCCGAUACCGACUCGAAUUUGGAUUUCCAACAACCUAUUGCAGUAUUAAAAUAUCUCUUGGAAAUCUGGCCAGUCAAGUCAGUUCGGAAGAUUUCUUCAGUCGGUUCAACACUUCCUCGAGUUACGCCACCAGUAGGGCUCACCAACAGUACCAGCAGCAGCAACAUCAUCAGCAAUCAUCAGCCAUUACAGCAUCAACAGCAUCAAUUGCCACAGCAGCAACAUUAUCAGCAGCUACAUCAGGGAACAUUAGCGCGAACCGGGCUGCCUUGGCAGCUUCCACCCUCACUUCAUCAUCCGCCACUCAUUACAACACCAGGGGCGUACGCCCCAUCCACUCGUCCUCCAUUACCGGUCAAACCGCGUCAGGUGAUAGUAUCGUCUCCCGGUUCACCUAGCAGCGAGGAGUCAGCUUCUCCAGAGCCAAUUAAUAAAGACAAUCGUAAUGGACUUGGAUUGACGAAUGGUGCAGUGAAGCUGAUAACUACAACGUCAUCAAUAGUCACUACAUCGUCAACAACAUUAUUGAAUUCAAAUCCAACUGAACAAGUUACUCCAACAAGUAGUGUUGAUACGGAAGAAGGAAAUCCUCCGCAUCUGGAAGAACGUGAACGAGGUGUAGAAGCUGAUGUUGAAGCAAGUGAUGACGAUCUCAUUUCUAAACGCAAUAAUAAAUCAUAAAAAGCAUUGAUUCAAGUACAGGUGAGGAUCCGAACGACAAAAAUUAGGAUGUAAGAUGAAAAACUACGGAAACAAUAAAUAAUCAGCGAGGUUGCAUUAUAAAUCAGUUGAUAUAAGCUCGUUUAGUCUUGAUCAGAAGCAUUAAUGAGCCAAAUUUCCGAUAAAACCGUAUUUCACAACGGAUAUUUAAGUAUCAUAUUACCAGUAAUUACAUUUCAUAUUGUAACGAUAUUAAUAAUUCAUAAACAUAAAGUGGAUUGAACCAUAUUACAUUUUCCAUUUCUCGUCUACGUAAUUUUUAUUGAGAAAAAAAACGUAUUAAAAAAAUACCUCCUAUUAAAAACAUUAGAUGCUUUGCA